AUGCCGCGCUGCUACAUGGUGAAGAAGGCGUGCAACAAGUACCAGGGGCAGCGCGACGCCAGCGGCGAGCCGCCGGGGCCCAACAGCCCCACCGAGGCGGCCGUAGCGCCCCCCAGCCCCCCGCCCACCAACAGCUUCCGGCCGCUCGAGACCGUCACCAGCCACAGCUACCUGCACGAGUUCAUGCCGGGCAGCCCCGAGGAGAACGCGGGCGGCUGCGAGUCCGGGCCGCCGCUGCGCCACCAGGAGGUGCUGACGCACGAUGGGGGGAUCCCCAUCUUCCGGAUGCGCAGCGCCGAGGAGACGGCGGCGGCGCACGACCUGCUGGAGCUGUCGCGCUCGCUGCCGCCGCUGCCCGCGCCCGGCGCCACCACCUGCUACAUCGUCGACCAGCCCACGCCCGAGCCCUCGCCCGCCGCCUACACCACCGUCUGGCAUGGAUGUGGCGCGCCACCACCGGACUGCUAUUACGAGCCGGUGCCGCAGCCGCCGCCGCCCCCGCCGCCCUCGCUGACGCCGCCCACGUCCGAGUACUCGUCCGACGCCGAGAACAACCCGCCCCCGCAGGUGCCGUCGCCCGGCCCUGUCCAGGUGAAGACAUCUGUGAUAUAUACCUACGACGCUUUGAUGGCGGCCGACGGGCGCACGAAGAACAGGAAGGUCAACAAACCGGUGGUGCCGGCGGCGGUGGUGGCUCCGCAAGACGGCGCUGCAGGCACCGCCCCCGCUGGAGCCGGCGGCAAGGCGGGCGGCGGCAAGUACGUUUGCAGCGAGUGCGGCAAGCAGUACGCCACGUCGUCCAACCUGUCGCGGCACAAGCAGACGCACCGCUCGCUCGACUCGCAGGCGGCGCGCAAGUGCGUGACGUGCGGCAAGGCGUACGUGAGCAUGCCGGCGCUCGCCAUGCACCUGCUCACGCACAAGCUGUCGCACGCGUGCGGCGUCUGCGGGAAGCUCUUCUCGCGGCCGUGGCUGCUGCAGGGGCACCUGCGCUCGCACACCGGGGAGAAGCCCUUCGGCUGCGCGCACUGCGGCAAGGCGUUCGCCGACCGCUCCAACCUGCGCGCCCACAUGCAGACGCACUCGCAGGACAAGAACUUCGCCUGCUCGCGCUGCCACAAGACGUUCGCGCUCAAGUCCUACCUCAACAAGCACCUCGAGUCGGCGUGCUUCAAGGACGACGAGAACCAACCGCCGCCGAUGCCGACUGCCUCGUCCAACACGACGACGGUUCUCACGUCCACUCACUUGCAGGACGGGAACGAUGUCGAGGUCGAGGUCGAGAUAGAGCUCGUCUAAUACUA